AAUGAUUGUGAAUCUCCUGGAUGCGGUGAGUGACUCUUAAGGUGUCUCUGUGCAAUUCACAAAUAUCCUAUAAAUUUACGCCGCUUGUGAUCCACACAGGUAUUGGAACGAGUUUCUCCCCAGUCCCGCCAAUACACCACGGUAUUCCAUGCACUUCGCAAAUUGUGUGCACAGCAUGGCCACGUCCCGGAUUCAUUGAUCCUGCCAAGGGGUUCGGUUGUUCUGAGUCCGUCGACGUUUGACGAGACAGGCAGACCCGAGCCACAUGCAAGUGGUGGGUUUGCAGACAUCUACAUGGGACAGUGGAAGGGGCAGGUUGUCGGGAUCAAGGCUAUGAAAACUUCCAGCCGUGACUCCGUUCAGUUAUUGAAGAGAAUUGCCAAGGAGGCGACGAUCUGGAGGCGUCUUGCACAUCCGAAUAUCACACCCUUUUAUGGAGUCGAUACUGAACACUUCAAGGUCAGUAUGGUAUGUAAAUGGAUGUCGCACGGGCAUAUCAUCGACUUUUUGGGCGAAUAUCCAGAAGAGAGCCGCCCGCGUUUGCUCCUGGAUGUUGCCCGUGGACUCGCAUACCUUCAUUCAGACAGUGUUGGCAUUAUCCAUGGAGACCUCAAAGGUGUACGUAUUAUAUCAUAUCAGCAUAUGUGCACUCAUCAGAGAGAAGGCAAACAUCCUGAUAGACGAGCACAACUCUGCUUGUCUUACGGAUUUUGGGGUCUCUACUAUCGUAUACGAAACCUCUACUACACUCAAUACGGUCACUCAGCCAUGCGACUUCCACUCCACGCUUCGCUAUAUGGCUCCGGAGAUCCACGACCCCGAACGAUUUCUUGGGGAAGAAGUUGCGAAACCAUCUAGAGAGAGCGAUGUAUACACAUACUCCAUGGUGAUGUGGGAGAUAUUCACGGGAGAAAUGCCGUACCAGAGCAGUUGGCACGACGGGGCCAUUAUAAACAAGAUCGUCAAUGGUGCACGACCUCAGCGUCCGCCCGACGCUGCGCGUCUUGGGCUAUCUGACACCAUCUGGUGUAUCAUGGGGAAGUGCUGGAACGGAGUUCCUUCCACAAGACCAUCCAUACUGGAGGUGAUCUCCGACUUGGAACAUGAGUGGAGCUCGUGGUUCCGCUCACACAGACCCACGGAUGCAGAGAAGGAGGCGGGGGCAGCAACUACCGGGUCUCAGGCGAUGCAAAACACGUCUGGUAUGUUCUUGGGCCCUACCAGCAAUGUGUUCGCCGUGAACCAGUUCGUCGGCGGGCGACCUUCACAGGGCCUUCCGGGCUUUUUGUCGAACCAUGUCCCCGUUCUCGACGUGCGUCACCAUGACGCAGAUAUUGUCGCCCAGCUCCCGGACCACAACACCGUGGAGUACCUCAUCAACCAUUAUUUCGAAUGCUGCAACUGGAUCUACCGCUUCGUCCAUGAACCAACCAUUCGCGAUGCGUGGUGGCGGUUCAGAAACGGCCAGUCUAUGACCCGCGUCGAGCUCGCCACUGUUUGUGUCGUUAUCGCCAUCGCUAUCCAAUAUCUCCCUCUGAGUCGUCACAAACUCUUCUCCGCCCUCCGCGGCAGUGCAAUCGAAUUGGGAAACACUUGCUUUAAGUUGUCCCGCGAUCUUCUCGAGCGUCACCGCGAGAUCACGCCGACACACACGCUCGAGUUUACGCGCCUUGAGGAGGUCUGCAUUAUGUGCGGCGAGCUGCUCACUAUCGCUACCGCUAUGGGCCUGCACUGCGAUCCUCAGAACGUCUUGCCGGUCGAGCUGGCUGAACGUCGCCGCUGGGCGUGGUGGAACCUUAUACUCAUCGAGCGCUGGCAGGCCUUCUGUCUUGGCCGGCUUAACCACAACGGCUCUGAUCACUUUGACGUCCAGCUGCCUGCGGAGAAUCCGAACCCCUUCGGCUCGGACAGGCUCUUUCUGCCGCACUUCGCCCUCUUCAAGCUCAUGCACAUCUCCGCAGCGACCUUGGACGAGGCGACGGCGAAACUCCAGGUCACCUGGUCGGUCCUGCAGCAGAAGGAUAAGCUGUUGACUGACUGGUUCGCCGAGCUCCCUCAUGAAAUGCUCCAGGAAGGUCAAGAAUUGAUCGACGGCCUCGCCAGCCUACACCCAGUUGUUCGCCGUCCCGCUGUCCAGGGCACGAUCUUGCGCUUCAUGUACAACUCCCUCCGCUUCACGCUCCACCGUCCCUGGAUCCUCUUGCCGACGAGCUUGGAUGUCGCGAGACAAUGCGCAUCGGAGCUGCUCCGUUUGAUGGCGAAGGUGAAGGCCUCGCACACGCCGGCCCACUUCAUGUGUGGCCCCUUCCAAACGGAAGUGGCCGCAACGUUUCUCUCCCAGCGAAGUUCAUCAUAAGAUGUCAGCCGACUUGAACGUAACAUCCAUUGGCUGCUAUUUCGGCGCGCGUCCGCGCCUACUGUGGCUAUGGCGGGUCAUAGCUUGCGCUGUCGCUGUCGCUGGGAUCUACAGUGGCUCUGGGAGCCUACUAUAUUGGCUAUGUAGCCGCGAGUGGAUGCAAUGGCCCCGGAAUACUUUUUCUGACUCUGCCAUCUGGGACAACAAUGUAAGAUAUAACUCAUCGCAGUCACUCAUUGUAUGUACACAUCACUAGGAGAUACAACACGAGACACUAUCGCUCCGCUCCUGUGGAACAACGGAUUCAUGAGAGUCGGAGAGUAGACUCAUUCGUGCCAGUGGUCAUGUCGCUUGCAGUAGACCAUCUCAAGAUGCGGC